CAUCGAGCCUGCCGGAAACUAUAAGUAGAAGAAGACGUUUUUCUUCGUUGGUUCUCCAUUUGCACCAUAUUUUCUCCAACGUGUACGUUUGCCGUUGACUUCAAGGUUCUGCACCAUGUCCAUUUUGAAGAUCCACGCCCGAGAGAUCUUUGAUUCUCGUGGAAACCCCACUGUAGAGGUUGACCUUUGCACUGACAAAGGCUUGUUCAGGGCUGCUGUACCAAGUGGUGCUUCGACUGGAAUCUACGAAGCCUUGGAGCUACGGGACAAUGACAAGUCUCGCUACCUUGGGAAAGGAGUUUUGACGGCUGUAGAACACAUCAAUUCAACUAUUGCACCUGCACUUGUUGGCAAAGGUGCAUCUGUGGUUGAGCAAGAGAAAAUUGACCAGAUGAUGAUUGACAUGGAUGGCACAGAGAACAAGUCCAAAUUUGGAGCAAAUGCCAUCCUGGGUGUGUCUCUGGCUGUUUGUAAGGCUGGUGCAGCAGAGAAAGGAGUCCCUCUGUAUCGUCACAUUGCUGACCUUGCAGGAAACAAACAGGUCAUUUUGCCUGUGCCGGCUUUCAAUGUGAUCAAUGGUGGCUCUCAUGCGGGUAACAAGCUUGCCAUGCAGGAGUUCAUGAUCCUGCCCACUGGUGCGAGCAGUUUCAAAGAUGCCAUGCGCAUUGGCGCUGAGGUCUACCACAAUCUUAAAAAUGUCAUCAAGAAGAAAUAUGGGCAGGAUGCCACCAAUGUGGGUGACGAAGGAGGCUUUGCUCCAAAUAUCCUGGAAAACCAGGAAGCUUUGGAGUUGCUAAAGGAGGCCAUUGCCAAAGCAGGAUACACCAAUAAGAUUGUGAUUGGCAUGGAUGUGGCAGCAUCUGAAUUUUACAGGGAGGGAAAAUACGAUUUGGACUUCAAGUCUCCUGACGACCCACGCCGUUACAUCACUCCUGACGAACUGGCUGAUCUCUACAAGAGCUUCAUGAAGGGUUAUCCAGUGGUUUCCAUUGAGGAUCCCUUUGACCAGGAUGACUGGGCAGCCUGGGCUAGCUUCACUAGAAGCACAGACAUCCAGAUUGUUGGAGAUGAUCUGACGGUGACCAACCCUAAUCGCAUCAGCAAGGCUGUGGAGGAGAAGGCCUGCAACUGUCUGCUGCUGAAAGUCAAUCAGAUUGGCACAGUAACUGAAUCUAUAAAAGCAUGCAAGAAGGCGCAGGAGAACGGCUGGGGUGUGAUGGUCAGCCAUCGCUCUGGUGAAACUGAGGACGCUUUCAUAGCAGACUUGGUAGUUGGUCUGUGCAGUGGACAGAUCAAGACUGGGGCCCCAUGUCGCUCUGAGCGUUUGGCCAAAUACAACCAGAUUCUUAGGAUUGAAGAGGAACUGGGAGACCAGGCUCGUUUUGCUGGAAAAAACUUCAGGAAACCACUGCAGUAAAUGGUUGAAGCCCUUCCUUCACAGAGAUGCACAAUAACACAAAAUGGUUAAUGUAGAAGUACUUGCAUACUGUGGUGAUGAAUUUGUAGAACAUGACUAUUUGCUGGAAUUGACACUUUACAAUCAAAUCUACUCUGUUCUGAUUUUUAAUGUGGAGUAAAAUUAGAACUGCAAAAUGGAGUAACUUACUGUAAUGACAAUAGAUGCACUUGUCUAAUCAAUAAAAAAAAUCUCAAUGUUG